UAGUAGGUCUAGGUGCGUGAGCACGCAUCGCCAGCUUUGGCUGCAUUGAUUUAUAUCCUCCCACUCUGCCCUCGGGGCACCAUUGUCUACUAUUCAUUAUUUCAAACGGCCUGUCCAUCGUUCCGUGCCGCGCCGCCGCCGCUGUCGCCGCACUACUACCGCCUCACAGAUCCAUCCAUCCAUCGCUCGUCACUAUCACUGUCAGGUCGCAAACGUCUGCUUGUCGUUGACAGGUCAAUACAGCCGUUCAUUGUAUCCGCUGGUGUAUAUUGCAUUUCGAGCUCAAGCUCCGCGCCGCUUGCCAUUUGACUGUCUCUACUACCGAUCACACUGUCUUGCAGUGACAGCUUUAUGCUUCGCCUUUGUAGGCAGCUUUCCUGAUCACACCCCUCAAAUACCUUUCGAUCCCGUCUGUGGAAAGUUGCAUACGACGCAACCGUCCCAUCUCUAUCCCCCUCAUGCCUGCUGCAGUUAAGGACUCAAUAUCCGAAGGUACUGUGCCCGAGGGUACUGUGCCCCAAUCACAUUUCCACAUGACUACCAAGGCGCCGUGGCCCUCUGUCUAUAACAACAACACUCUGAAAUAUCCCAUCACUGCUCCUCCCACCUCUUCGCCUUUACCAAUGUCUCCCGAGUCAUUGCCACCGUAUCUACCCCACUUGCAGGACAGUGCGUUACCCUCGCAGGAUCUUGGAACCAUACCAACAUCCAGCUGGUUCGGCUCGACAGUGCCCGCACAUGAGAACAACGAGACUGGAUUUACCAGUUACACUUAUGAGCCUCCAUAUGUGACACCUCACACAUCUUCGGUCACUUUCUCGCCACCCAUGCAAUUAUCAAAAGGCACAGAAAAUCCCGCAACCAUAGCUCAAGAAAACAGGGCUUCAAAUUUCUCGCCAGUAUCCGAUUACUCACGGUUCUCUGACCCAGGACAAUCCGAAGCUUAUACUACUGUCAAACAUCCAACGGGGGUUCCAGCUGGUCUCCUUACUGAACCUGUUCAUCCAGAACGACCUCGCAGCAGUCCCAGUAUCUUCACUCCUGGCCAAGUUUCCAGCGCUCCUCUCGAUCCUUCCUGGGCCAUGAACAAUCCCCUAGGUAUCUCUACCUCAAUGCAGCAACCAUACUGUCCUGGCUCCAGUUAUCCUUCGCCACGCCGAAUGUACGCUCCUAUAGCACCCCAUCCCUUAGGCCCUCAGAGUAGAAGCGUGCCUAAGCGCUCUCGCGAUGAUGAUGAGUGCUCGGACCAGAUCAAGAGGCGGAAGAGGUCCGACUCAAACACGACUGCGACCAUGGAGCUUAGCGACGAAGAUAAGCUUCUCAUCCAGCUCAAGGACGAGGAGAGCAUGCCUUGGAAGGACAUCGCUGCUCGGUUCCAGUCUGACCUGGGCAAGACUUACCAGAUCCCCGCCCUUCAGAUGCGCUUGAAGCGACUUCGCGAGAGAAUGCGCGUGUGGACGGAAACAGAUGUCAGGGCCCUUCGUCUGGCUCACGAGUACUGGGUCCAGAGCAAGUUCGACAUUAUCAGUCAGAAGAUGUUGGAGUUCGGCGCUGCAGAGAAGUGGACUGUUCGUCAAUGUGCCCGCAAAUGGGCAGAAAUAGACCCAGGCCCGACACCAUAUAGUGCAUACGACCACCCAUCAUCGUUCGCCCCUUACACCAUGAGUCCCGUGGAGGCAACGCCAUCAUUCAUGCCUUACCUCCAUGGCCCAUAGUGGAAACUUCAUGUACACAUUCUAGCUCUGUAUUCUACGCUUGCUUUUUUGGGUGCGGCGUCUGCAUCGUGCAUCUAGCCCAGCGUUGUUUUCACGAUCUGUUUAACGUUUAUACCCUUCUAGCGAUUCUUCAUCGUUUCCUUUUCUACGAAUUACACUGUAGAUACAUUUUUACCCCUUCACCUGGGUUAACGGGUGUCGGCCGUCCUACCACUUACCUCUGGGGCGGUCCGAAUCUCUUCCUGUAAAUGCAAAGGCACUACUUUAGGCCAUGUCCUGCACGUGCGCCGGCUCUUGUCACGGCACAGCAAUGUCAUAGAAGAACAAGAAUCAAUGAACAUCUCUCUGCGAG